CCUUAAAAAAUAAAAGAUGAUAUUUUUUGGUUUUGUGUAACAAUCCUAAAUUUAGGAAUGAUAAUUAAAAAAAAGAGAAAUUUAAUUUGUAAAUUUAAGUCUUUCUUCUUCUUUUUAUAUACACCAUAUAAUUUGAACUAGACAUCCAGUUUGUCCAAAAGUAUUUAAUUAAACAUCAUGGGACAGAAGAAGCUUAAUGGAUUUAUUACAAACAACCAAAAAAGAAGAAUCAGCUAUAAGAAAAGAUCCGCAGGUUUAGUUGCCAAAUGUAAGCAAUUAAACGAAUAUUGCAAUGCAGAGAUUGGUUUAGUUAUUAAAGAUGAAUGGGGUAAGUUUGAUUAUUAUUUUUCUUCAAAGGAUAUGAUUGAUUCUUACAUUUAUGAAUCUCUUAAAGCCAAGGAAAAAAAAGAAAUAGAUUCAAAGACAUUAACUAGUGCUAUACAAGACGGUUCAUUUUUUAGUGAUUUAUCAAAUCUCUAUUUACCUGGUGGAGAUUCUGAUGUUCAUCAUCAAACUGAUUCUAAAUUCGAUCAAGAUAGAAAAGAAGAACUAGAUGAUGAACAUAUUAUUAAAGAAGAAAAGUUGAAUGAUAAGCAUAUAUCAUCUUCUUUUGAUGAAGAUUAUUUUCAAUUGUACGAUAUUGUUUUACAAGAUAUUGAAAAACCAUAUUUUGAAAAUAUUGAAGAAACUAUAUUUGAUGAUAUUUAUCAAAAUACUGAAAAACCUAUAUAUGAUGAAAUACAAUUUGUUAAACCAUCGGAAGAAGUUCCAGAUCUUCCUUUUCAAGAAGAUGAUAGCAUUGAUACUUAUCUCUUACCUCAGCUUCAUAGAGCUUAGCAAUGUUAACUGACUAAAUAAAGAAUUUGGGCUAGGGUAUGCUUGGGUUUUGUUAUUAUUGUUCAACCUUUUUAAUUUGUCUUUUAUUUCUUCCAUAGUUUAUAUCUAUACAUCGAGAUCUGAUUUCAGUUCAUUUAUCUUACUUUUAUUUCAUUAUUAAGUGUAAUUAUACUAAAAGAUUAUUCUCUGUUUGUAGUAAGUCAUUAUAUAUAACUAGAAAGCAACUAAAGAAUGCACGCACAUAAUAUUGUCCACAUAUC